GUCUGAUCCUGAAUGGGGCUGCAGUGUAGGAGGAGGAGGAGGGACAAGGUGUUUCCUUUGUGUGUUUUGGGGAUGUUGCUGUGUCUUCAGAGUGGAGGGGUGUGCAAUGCCGUUCAUAUAGCGCAGAUGGUGAACCUUCAGGUGGAGUACGGGGAGUCAACCAUCUUGCCCUGCAACGGCUCAGCCUACCUAGGGCAGGAAGGGAGUGUCCAUUGGGAGGCGAUGGGAGAGGAUGUGGCAUUCCUGGUGGGAGGGGAGCAAAGACCUGGGGACAAAUUUCAGGGCCGGGUCCAGUUGCCCUCAGAAGACAAGCUCAGGGAAGGAGACUGGUCUGUGGUCCUUCAGCACGCGAUGCUCAGUGACACUGACAUGUAUGAGUGCAUGUGGGAAAGAAGAAGAACGAUAUCAACAGUGUGGCUCACAGUCAUGGCGCCCCGCGUUGACCACUUCCUAGAGGUGCCUGUGGGUACCAUGGUGGAUCUAGCAUGCUAUAUUCAGAUCUCCAGAAGCCAGUCACCCAAUGAUCUGCAGGUCUGGUGGACCAAGAAUGGCAGCCCUAUAGUGUCAACAGGAAAGGAGGCUUUGUACUCUACUGCUGUGGUGUCUAAUGCUGAGGAUUUAUCUCGGAUGGAUCUAUCGGUUGACACUAAAGAAGCAAUUCAUCUUUUUAUCAACCCAACAAUGAUGAGUGACAAUGGAGAAUACCGCUGUUUGUAUAAAACCAGGGAUUAUGAUGAUCCCAAGCCUGGGAUACCAGAGAGUAUCACAUUGACUGUGCUAAGAACAAACCCUACAGCUAUUGUUUUUCAUCCUGAAGAGACAACCACUGGGGUCUGGGUCAGUACUUCACACUUGCUUACAAUACCUUGGACAUCGGAUGUGACGGCUGUAACGGAUUUGAUGGCUGUAACGGAUGUAACGGAUGUAACGGAUUUGACAGAUGUGACGGAUGUGACGGAUUUGACGGAUUUGACGGAUUUGACAGAUGUGACGGAUGUGACGGAUUUGACAGAUGUGACGGAUGUGACGGAUGUUGAAACCACAGAAUCCCCAAUUUAUCGUAUUCCUGUUAUCCUGGAAGAUUCCCCACACUCAAUAAAAGCACGUCUCGACCUCACACUUCAAUUUAAUGAUGUUUUUAUACUAACAGAGUCACAGCCAAUGGAAGGCUCUGAGGAGUCAAUGACAUCAUUUCUAGAUGAAGGCACCCCAGAGACAUCAUCUGAGUCUCUCCAGUGGGACACAAUCCCAUGGAUUCGGAUUGGCCUCAUUGCCGGAGUAUUGCUGGUCACAGUAGUGGUCCUGUGCAUUCUGGGAGCUCUACGGAAAAUUUAAAAUACAAAGCACGAUAAAUGGAUUCCCACUUCUGCCAUUCAGUUGACCCACGUUGUACUACGUAAAGGAUUUGAGUCGGCUUCUGAGCUGGGUACAAGGAAGAGCCUCCUUGUUUGAAGAAAAGGGUUACUGUGGUUGGGCUCACCACAGAUGAACUGGGGUUGGAACUUGACUGAAUGUGGAUAAAGUACAAGCUUUUACCAAGAACAUUUUGCAGCUUGAUAUUUGGUUAAUAGAUUUCUACAAAGACUCAAAUUCUGUAAAUAACCUUCAGUAUAAAGAAACACUACCUGUAGGCAAGCCAUAUGUCAGUCCUUGAGUGUGUUUGUUAGUGUGAAAAUAUAUUUAUGAUGACGUUGGCGGAAGGACCAAGUCCAGAAGAACUCCACGUUGAUGUACUGUAUCAUGGUUUACACUUUUAAAUGGCUGCUGAAUAGGAAUUACCUGUACGACAAUAAUGUGUGUGUUAAAUUCAGUAUAAUGUACAUUAUUAUUGUAAUCAUUCAAAGUUUUCGUAAUUUUUGUCAUUAUAAAACAGGAUUGCACAAUGAAUUGCAGCUGUAGCCCCCAUUAACAAAUAUAAACACGGUCAAUUAUAGUCACCGCUCUGUUGUGUAAAAUAAAUCCGCUAUAAUCAGAAAUACUGUUGUCACGCAUUGUUUAAUGAAUUGUGUGAAAGAGUCUGUGUUGCAUUAACAGCCAAAAGCAGCAACAACAUAGAUCAGAAAACAUGAAAACCUCAUUAAAAUAUGGUCAGUUGUACUUAUAUAAUCUAAUUGAAAUGACAGCCUGUCCUUAAAUAUA